GAUUGAGUCUAGUAAGCAGUUUCGCCACCAAAGGGUUAACAAAAGCAUCUCUCUAUCACCAUGAAGUUCCUAGUUGUCCUGUCCGCCAUCCUGGCCGUUUCCGUUGCCGAUUUGCAACUGUCUGAGGAGCAAAAGGCAGUGGCCCAUGCCAAUGGUGCCCUCUGUGCCCAGCAGGAGGGCAUCACCAAGGACCAGGCCAUCGCCUUGAGAGCCGGUAACUUUGAGAAUGCCGACGAAAAGGUCAAGUGCUUUGCCAACUGUUUCCUGGAGAAGACCGGCUUCAUGGUUGAUGGUCAGUUGCAACCCACCGUUGUCUUGGCCAAGCUGGGACCCUUGGCCGGCGAGGACAAUGUCAAGGCCGUUCAGGCCAAGUGCGAUUCGCUCAAGGGAGCUGACAAGUGCGAUACCGCCUUCCAGUUGUACAAGUGUUACUACGAGAACCGCGCCCACAUCUAAGCCGGCCGCCCAGCCUUCAAAUGUAUUAUGUGUGAUAAUAUCUGUCUGUGAAUUGUUAAAGAAAUUUGUUAAAUUAAAGUUUAAACAAGGAGAAAUCUAUGCGAA